GGGGCCGGCGGGGAGCGCCGGGCGCAGCCGGGAGGGCGGCGGGAGCGGCUCCCGGAGCGGGGCUGCUUUCUGCUUCUGCUUUUCAGCUCGAGUCCCUCUCAGGAGCUCGCACCUUCAGGCGCUUUUGAAUUUUUUAUUUUGUUGUUCUUCUUGGUAUUUUAAAACUUUUUUUUUUAAAUUUUUUUUUAAACAUUUCAAAUUUCUGACGCCAGCGUAGAGUUUUGCCCAGAUCGCCGGGACCGCGUGAGCGUGCGGCGCCGAGGCCAUGCGGUGAGCGAGUCUUGUGAAGAAAAGCAAUCUGAGGACCAUGCAUCCGUGACUCCUGGAACCAGCCUGUGAGCCAGGGCGAUGGAAGUUCUAGAGGGCCUCCAGCGUACUGCUUCCCUGAGCAUUCCCAAUGGAUGUGCCAACAGGAUUUUCCAAGGCAACGUGGAGGGAGGGAGCACUGAUGCCUUGGAGGCCUGUGGUGCUGAGCACUGCGCCUCUGGCGACGCAAUCCCCAGUGAGCAGGAGGAAACACACAGGUAUAAGAAGACAACCAAGGGCAGCCGGAUCUGGAAUUUUGUCAGACGAAGGAAAGGACUCUCUACAAAUAAAGACAGGCCCCAGUCCAUGAUUCUGCUGGGAGUUACCUCUGAGGUCUCAGAAUUAAAAAAGCCAUCCUUCAUGGACAGGGUACGCUCAUCAAAAAAGGGAAGAUCCUCCAGGACACCCAAGAACGUAGAUUUGAGAGCCUCCAGAGUGCAGGACGUGCGUGACCCUGAGGAGGACCUUCAUGGCAUUGGGCAGAGAGCUGUCUACAGGGUUAGGAAGCUGGGCGAUGGCCGGAGGCCCUCCCGCCACUCAUACGCGGGGUACAUCGAGGAUUUGGACUCUUCUUUUGAGGACAUAGAGCUGAACAUCAGCAUUCCUGAACUCGAUGCCACUGAAAGUAAAUGUCUCAGGGAUAUCAGUGGCAGAUUACACGGUGAGGAUAAUGAUGGUAACUGCCACAGAAUACCAGCCAGGAAGAGUGAGUCUUUGAAUUUUGAACACGUUAAGGGUCCUGCAAUUACAGAAGGGGACAAUCAAAAGAGGUGUGCUAUGCUCCCACAGGAGAGCAGGAGAGGAAGGAGCUCUGAUGUCUGGAGCUAUCUGAAAGGAAUUUCAUUAGCUAGCAAAGAUAAUUCAAAGCUCCCAGAUCAAAGGGCUGAAACCAAUUUCCAGAACUUAGAAAAUACAACUGAUCAUUCCGCUUCUUACUUUGACUUUGAUACGAGAUGUGAGGAAAAUCUCAGCCAGCGAAAAAAAUCAAACGGUGCUGCCAAAGCCACUCACUUUGGGGGCGUUGUGAGGUUCUUAACCAGCGUAGCUGAGGCGGCUCGGCGGCUGCGAGGCUCCUCGAGGGCAUUCUCCCCCGAUGAGAAGAGGCCUCAGCGCAGUUUCCGGGGCCGCAGGCAGGAUGUUGCCUCCCCCAAAGAGGGCUUGGUUAUCGAGAACGAGAGCGCGAAGCCCUUCUGCACGGUGGGAGCCUGUCUGCAGUCCCCAGAUUCAGGCACGUGGGAGAACCUGAGCUUUGAGAGUUUGGCGGGGAAGGAGCCCGUGCAGCACUGCAAAACCGCAGACGGGCUGAAAGGCGUUGCUUCCUCUGGCCUGGACAGUGGCAAUGACAGGCUUAAUGAAACAUCACCACUUCCCUUUGGGCCAGAACCAUCCAUGUCCCAGCUGGCAGAGCUUGCAGAUGGCUCUUUCACUGAGCUGAACAGCAAAGACCCUUCUGAGGAUCUGGUGGAACUUCCACAGACAACUCUGGCUGAACCAAUUGAGGACUUGGGCACUACUCCAGAGAAGACCCAGGUCAUGGCCAGGGACUUGCCACCUUCUCACGAUCUUCCUGUGAAUAGUCUGGAUACUGUGGACCUAGGCUGUUCUCCAGGUACCAGUGAGGACUUUUCUGCAGAAACUAAAGCGCAGACUCACCUUCCACAGGCAUUGCUAACUAAAUUUGAUUCUGGGGAUGUGGCUUGUGCCCCAGUGGUUGCUGAAGACAUGGAUCCCUCUCCAGCAGUUGCUCAGGAGCUUUCAGAGACAGAACUGGAUAAUCAGGACUUGAGAAAUCCUGAGCUGCCUUUGCAAAACUUGUGUGGAAGUGAGCUGGAGUUUCAAGACACUGGCAAUACCCUGGAGAGGGUCGUGGGCAGGGACCUGGCACCUUCUCCUGAUCUUCCUGUCAGUAAUCUGGAUGCUGCAGGCCUGGGCUGCUCUCCAGCUGCUUAUGGUGCCUUUCCUGCAGUGCUUGAGGCUCAGGCCCACCUUCAACAGACAUCACUGUCUGAACUUGAUACUGAGGACGUGGCUUGUGCCCCAGUGAUUGCUAAAGACAUGGAUCCAUCUCCAGCUGCGGCUCGGGAAAUUUCAAGGACAGAACUGGAUAAUCAGGACUUGAGAAACCCUGAGUUGCCUGUGCAGGACUUGUCGGGAGGUGAGCUGGGGAUUCAGGACUCGGGCAGUACUCCAGAGAUAUCACAGGUUGUGGGCAGGGAUGUGCCACCUUCUCCUGAUCUUCCUGUGCAUAAGCUGGGUUCUGUGGACUUGGACCAUUCCCCAGCUGCCAGUGGUGACUUCUCUGCAGCACCUGAGGCUCUGAUCCACCUUCCCCAGGCAGCUCUGACUGAAGAGAUCCAAGAUACUGUCAGUACUCUGGAGAAGAGUCAGGUCAUGGGCAGGGACCUGCCACCUUCCCACGACAUUCCCAAGAACAUUCUGGAUGCUGCGGACAUGGGCUGUUCCGCAGUUGCCGACGUGGACUUUUCUGUAGUGACUUUUUUAAAGUGUUCCACAGUGAAAAGGCAGGGUUUGGAACAGCCUGGUGGCCGCAUUAAAAAGCGGGGAAGCACUUCAUUUGUGGAACAAAACUCUGUGGAGGUCAUGGACAGAGUGGAAGAGUUUGACUGCAGCACGGAGUGCAGGCCCUUCCAGGUGCACGUCUCGAGGAUUGUCUCUUCCGGACGCCUCAAAAAUGGAAAGCCGACGUCUCGCCCUCCGCAGCCGUGCCCACAAGCAGAGCCCUUCAAGGCGCUGGUGGAGCGCUGCCGCUCCGAGCCCCUCUCGCAGAGCACCCCCAUGGGGCUGGACCAGGUGGGAGGGCGCAUGCAGCACCUGCUCCGCAGACGUGCUGAGAACGAGCAGGCUUCAAAGACCCUGAAGGUGCGCGGGAACUGCAGGAACGGUGGCCGUCGAUGGAACCUCUUCAAGCCUGGAGCUGAGAAGCUGCAGAUCAGUCGGCUGAUCAGUGGUGGUUCCAUUGUCAGUGCUGAGGCAGUAUGGGAUCACGUCACCAUGGCCAACCGGGAGUUGGCGUUUAAAGCAGGAGACGUCAUCAAGGUCCUGGAUGCUUCCAACAAGGACUGGUGGUGGGGUCAGAUCGAUGAUGAGGAAGGAUGGUUUCCCGCCAGCUUCGUGAGGCUAUGGGUGAACCAGGAGGAUGGGGUGGAGGAGGGAACCAGCGAGGUGCAGAAUGGCCACCUGGACCCCAGCGCCGACUGCCUGUGCCUGGGCAGGACCGUGCAGAACCGCGACCAGAUGAGAGCCAACGUCAUCAACGAGAUCAUGAGCACCGAGCGCCACUACAUCAAACACCUCAAGGACAUCUGUGAGGGUUACUUAAAGCAGUGCCGGAAGAGGAGGGACAUGUUCAGUGACGAGCAGCUGAAAAUCAUCUUUGGGAACAUUGAAGACAUCUACAGAUUUCAGAUGGGAUUUGUGCGGGACCUGGAGAAGCAGUACAACAACGAGGACCCCCAUCUCAGUGAGAUCGGACCGUGCUUCCUGGAACACCAAGACGGUUUCUGGAUCUAUUCUGAGUACUGUAACAACCACCUGGACGCGUGCAUGGAGCUCUCCAAGCUGAUGAAGGACAGCAGGUACCAGCACUUCUUCGAGGCGUGCCGCCUGCUGCAGCAGAUGAUCGACAUCGCCAUUGACGGCUUCCUGCUGACGCCCGUGCAGAAGAUCUGCAAGUACCCCCUGCAGCUGGCAGAGCUGCUCAAGUACACGGCCCAGGAGCACAGUGACUACAGGUACGUGGCUGCUGCCCUAGCCGUCAUGAGGAACGUCACCCUCCAGAUCAACGAGCGCAAACGGAGGCUGGAGAACAUCGACAAGAUAGCUCAGUGGCAGGCCUCUGUCCUGGACUGGGAGGGAGACGAUAUCUUGGACCGCAGCUCAGAGCUGAUCUACACGGGAGAGAUGUCCUGGAUUUACCAGCCUUAUGGACGGAACCAGCAGCGAGUUUUCUUUCUCUUUGAUCACCAGAUGGUUCUCUGCAAGAAGGAUCUGAUCCGAAGGGAUAUCCUGUAUUACAAAGGGCGCAUAGACAUGGAUAAAUAUGAAGUGGUGGAUAUAGAAGAUGGGAGAGAUGAUGACUUCAAUGUCAGCAUGAAGAAUGCCUUCAAACUGCAUAACAAGGAGACUGAGGAAAUGCACUUAUUCUUUGCCAAGAAACUGGAGGAGAAGUUACGAUGGCUUAGAGCUUUCAGAGAAGAAAGGAAGAUGGUAAAAGAAGAUGAAAAGAUAGGCUUUGAAAUUUCUGAGAAUCAAAAGCGGCAAGCGGCAAUGACAGUAAAGAAAGUCAGUAAACAAAAAGGUGUGAGCUACUCCAAGUCGGUUCCUCCAGCCUACCCACCACCCCAGGAUCCAUUAAAUCAGGGACAAUACAUGGUGACAGAUGGCAUAUCCCAGUCCCAGGUCUUCGAGUUCACCGAACCCAGACGCAGCCAGGCACCAUUCUGGCAAAACUUCAGCAGAGAGUGAGAAUGAGACAUCCAUAAUUUUUAUGAGAAGAUGCUUCCUAAAUAUUCAGCACUAGGAAAAAAGAAACACCACCGCCACACCAUUAUUUGCAUCAUAAAUCAAGAUCUGACAAGGCCACUUGUUGGACUCGCAGCUUCUUUGUUAAGUGGGAAGCCCGCCCGGGCAGCGCCGCUCACGCUGGUGCUGGCACAGCGGCUGCAGGGACGAGGGGCUUGGCUCUCGGGCCUUCAAGAAAGCUCUUCCCCUCCAUAAAUUGCCAAGGUGCUGCAGGAGAUGGAGCAUUGGCACAAAGAAGAACCAGCACUGGGUCCCACUUGAGCACCUGCUGUGGCUGUCCCAGCAGGGAGCAGGGCUGGAGCGUGUGUGACAGCGCUGGGAGCAGCGCCCAUGCAGACGGGGGUGACUUGACUGAGCAUCUGGUACAGACUUUUCAUUCCAGUGCCAGACAGGAGGAACCCACUUCCCAUUCCAUAUGCAGAAACAAGAGAGUUGUAACAAACUUAUAUGUUUACGGUAUUUCUCUGGCUGAAUCUAUAUAUAUAUAUAUAUAUAUAUAUAAGAAAAAAAAAAAAAGAAACCCUCUUCCCUAGGUAAAUGACAUGCAUCACCCUUAACCUAGACACUAGAACAGAGGAUCUAAAUUCAAGACUUUCGCCUCCCCACCCUCUCCAAAAAGUCAAACAAGAACCAACCUAGGUGCAUCUAACAGUUGUAAAUAGAAAAUACUACAUAGAGAAAUAUAUUUGAAAUUUGUUUCAGUUUCUGGAUGGGCACCAGCUGUCCAUUGCAAUGUUAUUGAUAGUACACUGUGGUGCUUUGGGUUUCUGGUUUUGUUCUCUUUAUGCUCUGUCAUCUUUCAUUGCAGCUACAUUUCAGGGAACAUGUAUAUUUAGUAGCUAUUGUAAGUUCUGCAUGGCAUCACCAAGCUUAUUUUUCCUUAAGAAGAAAAGAAGAGUCUGUAGGAGCUUAAAGGCACUAUGACGACAGGGACCUGUAGCAGAGAAUUAAAAAAAAAAAAAAAAGGUUUUUAAAAUUCUAGUUUGAAGCCAAAUACUGAUAUUUUAGUGCUUUUGGGGUUUUAACAGUAAGAGCAAAAAAAGAAAAAAAAAAAAAAAAAAAGAAAAAAAGGAUUUUGGUAACCCAGCUGAUCCGCACUUGCCAGUUUUAUUAUUUUGUUUAUAUUGGACUGUUUGACCCUGUCAAACAAGUGUCAAAGUUGUGUGUAUAAAACAAAAAAAAAAAAGUGUUUUAAAAGUGUUGUAAAGACACUGAGCCUUAUGAAAAUAUUUAUGGAAUUAAAUAAAAAGAAGUGAA